GGAAAGUCAAAAGCUGGGGCCUCAGGAAAAGCCAGUGAGACUUCUAAAGCCCAAAAGGCUAAGAAGUCUGUCCUGAAGGGUGUUCAGCGUGCACCAAAGAGGAAGGUGCGCACAAAUGUUCAUUUUUACCGUCCUAAAACUUUGAGCCUUCGAAGAGCUCCCAAGUAUCCUCGGCAUUCUGCUCCCAGGACCAACAAACUAGAUCACUAUGCAAUUAUUAAGCAUCCUUUGACAACAGAGUCAGCCAUGAAGAAGAUUGAAGACAAUAACACACUUGUGUUUAUUGUUGAUGUGAGAGCUAACAAGCCACAGAUCAAGGCCUCUGUGAAGAAGUUGUAUGAUAUUGAUGCCUCCAAGGUCAACACCCUUAUAAGGUACCUAAAAUCAUGCAACACGUCUUUCUCUUNAAUAGCAUAUGGUGAACUACAGUGGGAUUAUGUAAAUGUAAGUUGCUAAACAAAUUGCUGCUACUCAAAGAAUCCCUAAUCUAGGAAUUCUAAUAAACCUUGUUUAUUUCUUGUCUCUAGGAAAGUCAAAAGCUGGGGCCUCAGGAAAAGCCAGUGAGACUUCUAAAGCCCAAAAGGCUAAGAAGUCUGUCCUGAAGGGUGUUCAGCGUGCACCAAAGAGGAAGGUGCGCACAAAUGUUCAUUUUUACCGUCCUAAAACUUUGAGCCUUCGAAGAGCUCCCAAGUAUCCUCGGCAUUCUGCUCCCAGGACCAACAAACUAGAUCACUAUGCAAUUAUUAAGCAUCCUUUGACAACAGAGUCAGCCAUGAAGAAGAUUGAAGACAAUAACACACUUGUGUUUAUUGUUGAUGUGAGAGCUAACAAGCCACAGAUCAAGGCCUCUGUGAAGAAGUUGUAUGAUAUUGAUGCCUCCAAGGUCAACACCCUUAUAAGGUACCUAAAAUCAUGCAACACGUCUUUCUCAAUUAUUAUUUCUCUUAUGUUAUCAACGUUUAUGCUAUAAACAAAUUGUUUGAAGUUCAGUAGUUCAGUUUUUGUUAACAGCAAGAUUUUCUUUCCUCCUUUAAAGCAAAGGUAAAGUUGUUGGAGCAUCUGGAGCUUAGCUAUCAUUGCACAGAUAAUUUUCUCUAAGAAAGAUGUUAUUGCAAAUUUUUCUCUUUCUGAUUGCCACCUAGCCUACAACAAAGCACUCUGUCCACCAGUUAACAGAGUCCCUCCUUUAACCCUUUAAGCCCCAAUAUCCACAUACAAAUUCUUCAAACUGAUCUCUAUAUAUUUCCUUAAAGAAUGUGUUGAGAAUUUGAUAAAAGAUCAGAGCAUUUUCUCUUAGAUGAUCAUUUUAUUAACUCUCAUAACCUAAUCUCUUGACAAUCUAUGGAUAUUGUUAGGAGAAAAUUGAUGUUGGUCACCAUUGGGACUUAAAGGGUUAAUGUCACACAGGCCUAGCAAGACUCCAAAGCCCUUUCACUCCUAACACUACCUUUGUAUGAUGUGAGUUGACAUUGCAUGCUCAGUAUUAGAUCGGUUUUCCUCAAAUUUUGCAUUGAAAGAAUAGUGAAUGAUCUGCACAUCAAAGACGAAGAGUCUUACCCCCCCUUCUACACAAGUCUUCUAGUACGACCCCUACAACUCUAUGACCUCUUUGACUGAAUGAUUUUGUACAACAACCAAUACAUUAAGCCAAGGGGUAUACUAAAAAAAAAAUAUACAUGGCCUCAUAUAUGUAGCCGAUUUUUUGAAAACCAAGUACAGUACCUAACAAAAUUUUCAGUCAUGCGAGUGAAAAGGUGUCAAAGGGCAUAUUUCUUAAGCCCGAGAAGCUCCAAAAUCACAGUAACGAAAGGAAAGGAAAGGAGAAAAAGAAAGAGCGAGGAGAAGGAAAGGAGGAGAUGAAAAAAAAAGCAAUGGUUGCACUCUUAGUUUUUAUAAUGGCUACUUUGGAGAUAGUUUUUGGCUGAAAAAAACUGUUCGAUGCAAAAGGUCCACUUGGUGAUAAUAAUAUCCAAAAUCUGGCUAGAUAUACAUAGUCUUAUUUUGGACAUUUCCUACUUUUUUUUGUGUAAGUGCCAAGUAUUUGUAGACCUUUGGAAUCUCAUACUGACUGGCAUUUUUUUGCUUUAGACCUGAUGGACAGAAGAAAGCUUAUGUCAGGCUGGCACCCGAUUAUGACGCCUUGGAUGUUGCAAAUAAGGUU